UGAGAGUUGUCAAGGUUUCUGGUGGUGGAGUAUCCGAGAGGGGAGCAAGGGCGGCUACGGUUUACAAUGCCGAAUAAAACGAAAAAAGACAAGGAGUCCCCUAAGUCUGGAAAAGUGGGCAAGAGUGGAGGACAAGAGAAUUCAGAGCAUGAGCAGAGCUCUAACAGGAAGGCCAGCAAUAGUGUUCCUCCCACCACUCAGCUGCUGAAGGGGAAGCAGCCAGGUUCCCAGACACCUGUCAAAAAGGACAAGAGGCAGAGCUCCUCUCGUUUCAGCUUGAGCAACAACAGGGAGCUGCAGAAACUGCCUGCUUUCAAAGAUGUUCCCCCUGCAGAGCAGGAGAAGCUGUUCAUCCAGAAGUUGCGACAGUGCUGCGUCCUCUUCGAUUUUGUCUCAGACCCACUGAGUGACCUGAAAUGGAAGGAGGUGAAACGGGCAGCACUAAGCGAGAUGGUGGAGUACAUCACCCACAACAGGAACGUCAUCACAGAGCCCAUCUACCCAGAGGUCGUUCACGUGUUUUCUGUGAAUAUGUUCAGGACGUUGCCGCCAUCGUCCAACCCCACGGGUGCCGAGUUUGACCCAGAGGAAGAUGAGCCCACGCUAGAGGCUGCAUGGCCACAUCUACAGCUCGUCUAUGAAUUCUUCCUACGGUUCUUAGAGUCUCCUGAUUUUCAACCAAACAUAGCCAAAAAGUAUAUUGACCAGAGGUUUGUAAUGCAGCUCUUAGACCUGUUUGACAGUGAAGACCCCAGGGAAAGAGAUUUUUUAAAGACCACUCUUCAUCGCAUCUAUGGCAAGUUCCUGGGCCUGCGAGCGUACAUUAGGAAACAGAUUAAUAACAUAUUUUAUAGGUUCAUUUAUGAGACUGAACAUCAUAAUGGAAUAGCAGAGUUACUGGAAAUAUUAGGCAGCAUAAUCAAUGGAUUUGCGUUACCAUUGAAAGAAGAGCACAAGAUAUUCCUGCUGAAAGUUCUGCUGCCUUUACACAAAGUCAAGUCUCUUAGUGUUUAUCACCCACAGCUGGCCUACUGUGUGGUUCAGUUCUUAGAGAAGGAUAGCACCCUCACAGAACCGACGGUAAUGGCUUUGUUAAAGUAUUGGCCAAAGACUCACAGUCCGAAAGAGGUGAUGUUCCUCAACGAGCUGGAGGAGAUCCUGGACGUCAUCGAGCCUUCGGAGUUUGUCAAAGUCAUGGAGCCUCUCUUCAGACAGCUGGCCAAGUGUGUGUCCAGCCCGCACUUUCAGGUGGCAGAACGAGCUCUGUACUACUGGAACAAUGAGUACAUCAUGAGCCUGAUCAGCGACAACGCCGCCAAGAUCCUGCCCAUCAUGUUCCCAUCGCUCUACCGCAACUCCAAGACCCACUGGAACAAGACGAUCCACGGGUUGAUCUACAACGCUCUGAAACUCUUCAUGGAGAUGAACCAGAAGCUGUUUGACGACUGCACCCAACAGUUCAGGGCAGAGAAAAGCAAAGAGAAAGCCAAAUGGAAAGAGAGAGAAGAAGCGUGGCUGAAGAUAGAAAAUCUUGCAAAGUCAAACCCACAGUUUCUGAUAUACAUUGACUCGAUAGACUCAGGCAGUCCGAUGGACAUGGAGACAGACGGGCCGCUGCUAGACGAUGUCAACAUGCUGAAGAAAGCUGUGGAGGAGGAAGCCACACAGAUCCAAAAAGAUCAGCGUCGAGAGCGUCCACUGAUGAGGAGGAAAUCAGAGCUCCCCAAGGACAUCUGCACUGUCACAGCCUUGGAGCUGCACCGGAGAGCCGAGGAAAUGUUGACAACGCACGACGGCCACUAGGAGACCACCCAGAUCCACCAUGAAACCAGCAACAGCAGCAGCAGCAUCCACAGAGGAACCACAGGCCCUCCGGGGCCAGCACAACAACAGAGCUCUGGUAUCUCUCAGCCCAGCACAACACAGAACUGAACAGCUCCACCUGACACAGAAAAUGUCUAAAGCCGCACCGUUCGGUUUUUCGAGACACGCGGUGCUCGGUCCCUACUGACUCUCACUUUCCUCUUUUAUCCACCUGGUUGUUGUCCAGCAGAAACGUCACUGGAUGACCGUGACACGCAUUACGGCCCCGAACUUCCCCCCAAAAUACUGUAGUUUUCUCUUUUUCCUCCCUCGUUUUUUUCUUCUCCUGUCCUCUGUUGUGUUUUCGGGGUGCUGUGCUGCCCCCUUCUGGUCUUUUCUCUCAGGUGUUCUGUUCUGUGUGUGAGCUGUCUCUCUCUUCUUGCCUCUUCUUUAUAGAUGUCAGGUGCUUGUACAAAUAAUAUGAGCCCCCCACCCCCCCCCCCGCCCCCCACCCCCCAACCGUAACCUCCACUGAGGACUCGUUCAGUUUGAUUUCAUAAAAAAAAAUAAUAAAUCGGUUGUUUCUAUAUAUUUAAUAUUAGCUAUUUUUCUCAUAACAUUUAAACUAGACAUUUUAUUUUUACUCUGAGCUCUUCUCAGAGCAAAACACGCUUCCUCUCUGCAUGACUCUUCUGUUUGGCUGUUUGUUCCAUCAGCUGUGAAGAUUCAUCGAUCGCUCUGUUAAUCAGGACGGGGUCAUUUUGGUCGACCAGUGUGUCUGGAUUAAAAGCGUUACAACACACACUCUGUUCAUCAAACAGUGCUGGUCUGACUGAGGUCUACAGAUUUCAUUGGACGGAUUUUGUGUAGAAGCCUUGUUUGGUGCCAAUAUCUCGUUAAUUUAGUUGCUUUCUUAAAGGGACAGUUCAUCCCAAAAUCAAAAAUAAGUUUUCCCUCUUACCUGCAGUGAUAUUUAUUGGGGAUGUUACUAACUAGUUUCAUCACGAUAUAUUAUUAAAUGGCUUCUUUGGAUAACAAGACCACAUUUGCCGAUCACAAAGUCUGCCACGAUACAGUUUCGAUAUGAUUCAGGGGUCUGCGAUUGAUAUGAGACAAUAUCUUGUUCCCCUUUAAUACAGUCUGAUACAGAAGAAGCUGCCACCAUAAAACAUUUUAUAUAUAGUUAAAAAAUAAUUGUACCCUGUUAAGCGUAGUCAAGUUUAUUUUGCUGUUUCUAAAGGAAAUCUUUUCAUUUUAAACCAAACUAUUGUUUGAUUGUUUUCUUAAAACUUGGGCAUGCAGACUUCUCCCAAACAUCAGUUAACCAUGAGAUCAUUUCGGAAAACUAUACAUUUUUUGGCUAAAUGUCAUAGAGGAAACCUUUUUUUCCCCUCUUCUUUUUUCCUUUUUUCCUUUUUGCUAGUCAUGCAUUAUAGGCUUAAGCACUUUUAAAUAAAGACUUUUCCUCCACUCAUAGCUUAACAAAUUAUUAUUAUUAUUGAUUAAUCUGCAGAUUAAUCCUUGAGUGAAAAAAUGUCAAAAAAUAGUAAAAAAGAUAUUUAGUUCAAUGAUAGAAAAAAAAGAAAAUGUCACUGGAAAUUGGUUAUCAGAUAUAGUCGGACACUAUUUUUCUGUCAGUUGAUGAAUCAAUUAGUCGACUUAUUUUCACAGUUCUGCUAGCUUGCAUUACAGCUCAGCUGAGGAGCAUGCCGUGAAUGUUUACACCUCACGCUGUCAGAAGCUCAUUUAUGAAUAGAUGCACGCUUCCUUCUGCGCAGGGAUGCAGUUUCCGGAUGUAGUUCAGCAGAGAGAAAAUAGUUCCUCCAUGAAACUGCUCACAACAAGGUCUGUGGAUUAUCUUGAAUAACCAGGUCAUGAUUUCUGGAAAGACACAUUGCUGCUGAAUAUUUUUUGGCGCUUUGAGCACCACAAGCUGAGGUGACAUCUAUACGGCAGACAUCUCCAACAAUCUGCAACUCAAACUAAAACAAUCUAUACAGAUAAAAAGCACUACAGGUGAGAGGAAGAAUAUGUAUUUUUGAUUUUAGGAUGAACUGUCCCUUUUGAAAAUGAUCAGGCAAAAGGGUUAACACAGGUUUGCGGUGUGUGUCAGCGGCUCAAGCUGUGGUCAGUUUAGUGUUACAUGUUUGGAUCUAUUUGAUUGGUCACUGGGAUGAGUCCAGGCCAGUUACAUGAGAGGGGAUUGUGGGAUUUAUUUUUGGUCGUCCCAGCCCUGGUCGGAGUGUGUUCAACAUGGUCAUUAGCAUUCAGUACAAGUCGCUGUCAUUCAUGUGAGGCUUACGAGAGGUCAGAGAGACGCAGUUGCUCGUCUGGGAUUUAACACAAUGCUGCUGUGUGUCGAGAGAAGUCAGACGGGGCAGAAACUGUGCUGAUAGCGAAACGCUUUUUCUACUCUUCUCAAGCGAGACCCUUUUAUUUAUAAAACACUUAGAGAUUAGACUGCUCCGACAGAUGAGGUAUGUUUGGUUUGAAGAGGUCAAACAUAAGCCUUUCUUUUCACAGUGCCUUUUAUAGUCUAAGGGGAUAUUUGAGAAUCGAGUAGUAGCACGAGCUUGAAAUGCCACAUCAUUUAAAAAAGAAUUUGUAACGUUAUCUUCCGAGAAAACAGUCCGCACUUGGCAAACCUCCAGCACACAUGCCUUGUCGAAGCUACAAAGUCAGUUUUUUUGUAGUUAAAAGCGAGAGAGGAGAAGCAGAGUGGUCGCCCCGAGCCACUUCAGCGAUGAAGCACUUCCUGAUAAAACUUGAAA